AUGGACUGUGCCGUCCUAGAAGGCAACCAAUCCGCAACCCGUGGUGGCUUAAUAGUGGAUGCCUUUCCCGUCGCCAAAUGGACUGCAAGGCUGAGUGAGGACGAGGGACUCAACUCGCUGGCCUGUCAAGGACCACCUCUCACAAAAGUCCCCAGUCCCAGCAAGAAACUGUUUGAUGAAUGGAACCUGCCACAAUUAUAUAAGGCACUGUCAACACUCUACAAUACUCACCGACUUGUUCUACCCAAGGUGCUAGACACGACACUGUCGCAGCAACAAACUCCCGCCAGAACAAACUCCACAGAAGGAGGUCCAACAUUAAGGGGUGCCGAGGUUGAGUUAUACAUCAAUGGAUUUCGGCUCAAACAAGGAUUGACGUUGAACUGCGAGGAGUUAUGGCACGUGGAGCGCGAAGUCGACGUUGCCGUCUUGGGCGAAGUGACCGCAUCAUCGUUCAAGGAGGUCGUCGCUCAUGUGAAGCAGCUGUUCUGUGAUUCGUUAGAACAGGCUGUGAAAGAGGUGGAAACCCUCUUCCCAGCACCAGCCUCGUCAACUACGAAAAGCAAGACCAACAGCCCAGUCAAAGCACGUAAGCACACAGGGAGUGAGAGAAAGAAAAGAACUGUAUGGUGA